GGUGGGAGUACAGUAACAGCUUUUGGCAAUAUCGGUACCAAUACCGGGACGACGAACGCUUUUGGGACCCCAUCCGCAACAUCAGCGCUCGGACAGACAUCCACAAGUAGUGCUUUUGGGGUCACAAACGCCUCUAAGGGGAGUAGCGCUUUCGGACAGUCCGCUUUCGAAAACAAUGCCAGUACCAAUGCGAGUGCACUUUCCGCAUUUGGAACAUCCGGCGGCAACUUUGCCUUUGGCGGUGGUGGUAAUAAUGUUACUGCAUUCGACAACACUUCCGCACUUGGAAAUGCCAAAGAUAAUGCAAGUGCCUUCGGGAGUAGUACUACAACCUCUGCUUUUGGCAAGCCGAGUACAUGUACCGCUUUUAGCAACUCUAACAAUAGUUCAUCGUCCGCAUUCGGUAAUUCGUCUGCUUUUGGCGCGCAAGCUCCAAAUUCUGCGUUUGGUGGGGCGGACACGAACGCACCCACGACGUCAGCGUUUGGACAGCCGAAAGGAGGUGGCUUUGGGAAGUCAAGUGGCGGUGGCAGUGCCUUUGGCCAAAGCAGUGCGUUUGGUGCUACGGGUGCUGCCCAAACGACGGCAUUUGGUCAGACCAGUAGUACGACAGGUGGCUUUGGCACACCUUCAACGGGCGGAGGGUUCGGUCGGAAUAGUGGCGGUGGCUUUGGCCGCAGUGGGGGUGGGGGUGGGGGUGGUGGAGGGUUUGGCCAGACGAAUUUUGGACGAGAAGAUGUUACGGACCAUGAGCCUGAUUUAGAAAUCACCGAGGAGGACGCAGAGGCCUUCGACGCAUCCGCUUUCACACUGGGAGAGAUACCGGUACUGGCACCACCACGCCGAUAUAGAACUCCCGUUGGCUGAGAUGACCGCUACAAGCUACAUCACAAAAAAAGAAAGAAAAAUAAAGCGC